UUGAUAAAUUUGUGGUCCCACUGACAACAAUAUAAAACAAAUAACAAAGUCGACAUAAAAGGAAAACAAAUGUAUUUAACUCUCUUAAACGGAACUGGCUAUGUAUUUAGUGUGGAUGAUUACAUGGAGCUGCGAAGUAAACAUCGGCUAAUGGGUGCUCUCGUAGGCACGGCAAAUACUAAAGGCUGGAGCCCCAAUCAGUCCACUCUUCCCGUAGAACUGACGAAAUUCGAGACACAGUUGAUCCUGGACGAGGGCUUAGCUUUGCUAGUCAACAAAUCAAAAGCACUUGGUGCAUCUCCUAUGCCAAAAGAGCUGGAGGAAUAUAGAUCCGAACUUGACAAGCGUUUGGAGGGUCAGGCGGAUGCCCUGAAGUCAGAGAAACUGCGUGAGACUGAGCGUUAUAUGGACAAGAUUCUGCUUGGAAAGCGCAACAAGUUGUUGAAGCAGGGUCUGGCUACAAAAGCUGGUGCCUUAGUCGGCGAGGAUGUGCUCAAGGAAGUGGCAGACAACUUUGAGUUUGAUCUACAAAAUGCGCUGGUGGAAGUUCCCUGCAAACACCUGGUCAAGCACACUGCGCAAAUCGUUCCUGAACCACUUGUGGACACCAGUUGCGUCAGAUACAGAAUAUUUCGCGACCUCUGGCUACGGGGAAAAUUUGUGACAUCCGGCGAAGCAUUUGGCGCGGAUUUUCUAGUCUAUCCCGGCGAUCCCCUUAUCUACCAUGCCUCGCACAUCGUGAUUGCACAGAGUACCUCACCGAUUAAGCCCUUGGACUUGAUUGCCAAAGUCCGUCUAUCGGUGAUUGUAAACAAGAGCUGCGUGUUUGCCCGUGAGAAAAUAGGUGAAGGAAUCACCUAUCAAACGGUGGCCUGGUGCAAUCCCAGCAAAUAAAAGCAGAAAACAGCAGGAGCAUUGCCGUUUCUGAUGUCUCUGGUUUAAGAGUGUGUUGCAGUGAACAAGUUAAAAUCAUUUACGGCAUGCAUGGUGCUGUGGAGGGUUCCAUUCCGUGCGGAGCUCCAAUGGGAUAAAAGGCAAACACUAUAGUUUUGCUUAAUUAAUUAAUGUGAUUAUAAUUUAAUGACUCUAAACAAAAGCCCAUCCACACCCAGACGAACAUACUCAGGCGGAUCCAUCGCAUGCCACCUUUGAUAGGCUUUUUUUUUCAAAAAAUUGUGUGCUGAAUUCAUUGGUUUCUUUCGUUAUUUCUUGGUUUUUAGUUUUUUUUAAACAUGUACGUACAUGUGUAUAAGCAAUAACAUCGAUAAGCGGUCGGACCGGGCGUGGCGUGGCUUGUGGAAAAGUCCAGCAAAGUCGUUUCGUUCGAAUUUUAGUCUUACAGUGUCACUCUGGUGCUUUGAAUUGCAUUAUAUACAUAUUUCCCCAAGCACAGAGGAGAAUGUUUAUUUUGAGGCAAAUUCAAAUCAAAUUCAAACCACUGUCCUCUGCACACGCUCAUUCUAUAGUACUUCCCUCUCCAUGCUGUUUUGUUCGCCGAAGACCACUAUGCUCUUCGUCUCGGAAAACAAGCAUUGCCAGCUGUAAAAUACGCUCACUUUAAAUGCUGAUUGAAACGUUAAAGGCCUUUCGAACAGCGUACAGGCAAAAUGUGAAUUUUUUGGCGUAAAAUAGGUUUCAAGUGGUCCCUUGUAAACCAGCAAACUUUAAUUAUGCGCCAAUAACAAGGGAUGGAUUCCAAAUAAAACUAUAUUCAUUUUUCGCACAA